UUUUUGGAGCCAGAAGACAUGCUAAACGAUCAGCUAAUGGCAACAAGCCUGUGUUUCCAUGUGCCUUAUUCUGCUCUCACAAUGUUCCUGAGCACGGACCAGAAGGAGAGAGACUCAGCCACUGCCUACCGAAUGACAAUGGAGGUCCUGGGGACACUUGUGGGUGCUGCCAUCCAGGGACAGAUUGUGGCCAGCGCUCACACUCUGAAACACUGCCCUACCAGCAACAUGUCGGCUGGUUACCUUGGCAACAGCAGCGGGGCAGAGAUCGUGAAGAGCAUGGUGCACUCUAAGGAGUACCUGUCAUAUGCUAAGCAGGUGUACACGAUAGCUGCCGGCGUUAUUGGAGGAGUAUUCGUCAUCUGCACUGUGGUGAUGUUCCUGGGUGUCAAAGAGAGAGACGAUCCAUACGCCCCGAAGACCGAGAAGCAGGUCUCUUUCCAGCAGGCCUUCGUCCUGGUGAUGAGGCACGGGCCAUACCUCUCUCUGACCGCUGCAUUCCUCUUCAUCACUGUUGCCAUUCAGCUGAUCCAGAGCAACUUUGUCCUCUUCUGCACUUAUGCAGCCGACCUGAGGGAUCAUUUCCAGAAUAUUGUCCUGACCAUCCUGGUAUCCGCAGUAAUAAGCAUUCCACUGUGGCAGUGGUUUCUGCAGAGAUUUGGGAAGAAGACGGCAGCUUUUUGUGGCAUCACUUGGAUCCUGCCCUUCACACUGAUGCUGGUGUUCAUCCCUAACGUCAUAGUGGCUUACGUUGUGGCCGUCUCCUCUGGACUCACUGUGGCUGCAUCGCUCCUCCUGCCAUGGUCGAUGCUGCCAGAUGUGGUGGAUGACUUCAGGUUGGCCAACCCCUACUGUAAAGGCCACGAAGCCAUCUUUUACUCCUUCUAUGUCUUCUUCACCAAAUUUGCCUCUGGGAUCUCCCUGGGAGUGUCCACCCUCUGCCUGGAGUUUGCAGGAUACGACACAGGCGCCUGCAAGCAGCCUCCCCCUGUGGUGUACACCCUGAAGCUGCUGAUCGGCGCCGCCCCAGUGGCCUUCAUCGUCACGGGCUUAAUGAUCCUGCUCCUCUAUCCCAUCACUGAAGAUGUACGGCUUAGGAAUAAAGUCUGCCUGGAGGAGCUAAGGUGA